UCUGAAUUAGUACUACUGAUUUAAUAUUUUUUCCACUGAGCGAGCUACAGAUCUAUCGCUAACGGCGGCGUUUUGGCCGGCAUCGAGCAAGGAAUGGCGUGGUGCGCUGCUAGGUCCAUGUCGUCGCCGAUGAUCGACCUCCGCCAGCUGCGCCGCCACGCGCCGCUUGCUGCUGGAAUCUGCUGCGCUUCCUUCGUCGGAUCAAGGUCCUUCUCCACCUCUGUUUCAAAGCCCUUUGCUUGCGCUAGCGCCUCCUUCUCCACGGCCGCCGAGAAAAAAGAAGCUAUUAAGACAGAAAAGGCUCCUGCUGCUUUGGGACCAUAUUCACAGGCUAUUAAAGCGAAUAAUUUCCUUUUUGUCUCUGGUGUUCUAGGCCUAAUUCCUGAGACUGGGAAAUUUGUGUCUGAUAGCAUAGAGGAGCAAACUGAGCAGGUUCUGAAAAACAUGGGGGAAAUACUUGAAGCCAGUGGUGCAGGCUAUUCUUCUGUCGUUAAGACUACAAUCAUGUUAGCUGACCUGAAGGAUUUCAAAAAGGUUAAUGAGAUUUAUUCCAAAUAUUUCUCAGCUCCUGCACCUGCUCGCUCUACCUAUCAAGUGGCAGCAUUGCCAAUGGAUGCAAGGAUUGAAAUUGAGUGCAUAGCAGCACUGUAGAAGAGCCUCCCUCUCUCCCAUUUUCUGAAAUCCACUGAAUAAAUAUUUAAUUUUGCUUUUUUUAAGCUCAUUUUGGACCUUAAAAACUAAUUAUUCCGAAAUCAAUUGUCUUCUAAUGUUCUGAUUUGAGUUCUUAUUUUGAAUUCA